AUGGAAGCUGCCCGCCUGUUGCUAGCCCUGGCUUUGCUCUCUGGCAGCCUGCGGUCAGGCCGAAGCCUUGAGGAGGGACUCAGCUCCAAAGAGAUCUAUGUUGAAGAACCCAAUGGGUAUCCGGAGAGACUCUUGGACUGGAUGAAGAUAGAAAAUGAUGACCAUCCUGCCCGGAGCCCCCCCGAGGAGCAUCCACUGGGCGUCCUUCUCCGCUCCCUGCUCCAUGCUGUGCAGAGACCUGGCCGCAGCCCAUCCUUCUUGUUCCAACCCCAAAGAUUUGGCCGUGAUACCAGGGGCAGCUCCAGCAGUGGCGGCGUAAUCAACCCACGGGCUUGGGAUUCCAUGGCCCCUCAGUUUCUGAGCAUGGCUGCUCCCCAGCGGUUUGGCAAGAAAAAAUGA